AUGAAUAACACUAGGUUAGGAUCUGUUCAAUAUUAUUUUGUGCUAAUAUGAAUUUAGGGACCAAUGCAGACUUAAGAAAUGCACACUUUUCGAAAACCUGUAAAUCGUCCAUAUUGUAAUAAUUGUAGACUGAAUCCUUAAAAUAAACGGCCUACAUAUAUUGCAUGAAUAACGCAUUUAAGGAGUUACUUACUUCUCGAAUAUACUGUAUUUCCUCUGUAGCGCUGAUGGUGACUUCGCAGUGACCCACCUGACCAAGGCCCACCUGUUCCACGACGGGCACAUCAAGUGGAUGCCGCCGGCCAUCUACAAGUCCUCCUGCAGCAUCGACGUCACCUUCUUCCCCUUCGACCAGCAGAACUGUAAGAUGAAGUUUGGCUCGUGGACCUACGACCGGGCCAAGAUCGACUUGAUCGGCAUGGCCAGUGACGUGGACCAGAUGGACUACUGGGAGAGUGGCGAGUGGGUGAUCAUCAACGCUGUGGGCAAGUACAACACCAAGAAGUAUGAGUGCUGCACCGAGAUCUACCCCGACAUCACCUACUACUUCAUCAUCCGCAGGCUGCCGCUCUUCUACACCAUCAACCUGAUUAUACCAUGUUUGUUGAUCUCCUGUCUGACUGUCUUGGUGUUCUAUCUGCCCUCCCAGUGUGGCGAGAAGAUCACUCUGUGUAUCUCUGUGUUGCUGUCUCUCACUGUCUUCCUCUUGCUCAUUACCGAGAUCAUCCCGUCCACCUCACUGGUCAUCCCGCUCAUCGGCGAGUACCUCCUCUUCACCAUGAUCUUUGUCACCCUCUCUAUCAUCAUCACCGUCUUCGUGCUCAACGUGCACCAUCGCUCACCGCGCACCCACUGCAUGCCCCACUGGGUGCGGCGGGUCUUCCUGGACCUGGUGCCUCGCGUGCUCUUCAUGAAGCGGCCCCCGGCCACUGCCAGGCAGAACUGCCGGAAGCUGAUUGAGAUGAUGGACCAGACCAGCUCCUCGACAGCAGCCGGUCAGUCCCAGUCUUUCUGGGCCGGGGUGGAGACGGGGCUAGGACAGCUAGGACAGCUGGGGCACACUCUCCCUGCCACGCACUCUGACAGCCCCAUCAUCCUGACCCUCUCUCCUUCGUCCUCUCCCUCUCCACCCCAGGGCCUGCUUUUGGAGGAGCACCCCCCCAAGGCCCCCCAGCUCUGCUGCCGCUCCGCCUCCAGCAAGUACUCCAUCCUCCUGGAAGAGCAUUCCAAGCUGGGGAACACCGCCUCCCCCUUGUCCUGCACAACCCACUCCUCCACGCCGUCCUCCUCCUCCUCCCCCCCGUCUCUGCCGCUGGGUCCCUUGGGCCCCCUACACUCUCUGUCCCGGGUUGAGCCGCGGAUACUGGCCCCCAACAGGUGGAGCCAUAGUGUAGAGCACGUGUUUGACCACCAGAGGGAGCCAAACCAGGAGCCCCCCCAGAUGACCGAGCACCACUGCCGCUCCCGCAGCUUUAACAAAGAGGGGUGUGGGGCCGCUGUUGGUGGCAAGGGCCGAGGGGCUGUAGGUGGAGGAAGGCUAAAGAGACAAAUCCUGCUAGACCACCUUGGUAGAGCCUCCUCCACUGAGCCAACCAUGGCUCUAGGUACCUGGGAAACCGUGAUCCCCACAAUAUCUCCGUCAAUGAGAAGGGCCAUAGAGGGCGUGCAGUAUAUCGCUGACCACCUCAGGGCAGAGGACGCUGACUUCUUGGUGAGUUUAUUGACAUUACCUUUUCUGUCAGAGCUCUUUCAUUUCCGUAUGAACCACGAAUGGUUGACCUAACGUUCUCUCGAUGUGGGAAGUAGCAUUGCCCUUUAAGAAGAUAUUGUUGCAAGGUUACCCUAAUAUCGUGUUUCGUUCUGAACAGAACCACAUUUUUGGGGGGUUUGUUCCACUGUUCUGACCAGCAAAAUAAAGUUCUGAACCGGUUCUAACCAAAAAAAAGUACCGGUUUAUAUUGUUCCUUUCUGUUCCUUUUUUUUAACCUGUGAAAUCAACAGUUUUUUACAUUUAGCUCAUUAAAUUACUUCACCAAUAAGUGCGGAUAGAGCAGGCAAGCUAGUUGUUUACAUGCGUGAUGGACAAACAAGUCUAGGCUGUAGCGCAAGAUGCUGAACUUUUGCAGGUGGGGAGAGAGCGAGAAAGGGUUGAGGAGGAGGCUUGAAGUGCAGGGCAUCUUGUUAUGACAUGCAUUAUCUGAAUUAGGACCACAGAAUUAUACCUAGGAGGAGCGGCUGCUAUGGAGGAACGUUGAAUAUCCUUUGAGCUAGCUAGCGAACAAGCUUGAGCUAGCUAGCUAACAAGCUUCUGUGUGCAGAGCGGCACCAGAAUUAAAAAUACAUCUUACCUUUUUGUAGUUAAUAAAUCCCAACAUGAAACAUAAUAACUCAUGAUCCUUAACUAGCAUUGAAAAAGCUAAUAAAAAAGAUAUUUCCCUAUCUUCUGAAUCAAGCUUGUAACGUCAGUACAGUAGCCUAUGCUUCGGAGGGGAGAGGGGUCAGGUAGCCUAAACAUGCACACGCACAGGCAAAGAUGUUCAGCUUGUAGGCAGACACUGGAAUAAGUUUGACAGAGUGAGGGCUUUGCAUAGGCGCUUUGUUGCGUUUUGUUGUGGGACAACAACAAAAAAAUGGAACGUAAAAUAACGUUAUUAACCGAUUCCCAUGCUUUUAAAAUAACAGUUCUGUUCCAGAACAGUAUGGAUCACUUUCGUUCCAGGUUCCAUUUCUGUUCCUUGAAAAAUGUAGUUAUUUUCCAGUUUUUGGUUCAGUUCCCUGAACCGGUUCCAACCCCUGCCUAAGAUAUAGCUUGAAUGCAUGAUACAUAUGAAAAGAUUAGUCCUUUGACAUUUAGAACCCAUAAACCCCCCAACAAAAAUUCCAUUGAAAAAUCUGCUAAAGCAUUAACACCCCCUGAAGAGCUGCCCAGUCUCUGAGGUAAAAAUGUGAUUAUCCGCAUUAAGAUGAACAGGUCAAGUAUAUCAUUGUCGAAUUUCUGGCUGAAUGUAUAGCCCUAUUUAAAGGUGCACUAUGUAGAAAUCACUCCGCCAUUUCCUGGUUACUAAAAAUGCUAAUAGUUCUAAUUUCAGUUUAUGUGACAAAACAAGCAAGUAUAGUGUAGAUAAUCAUUGUGUCAUCUAAACCGCUGUGAAAUAUAUUUUCCAUAACAAAAAUAUUGCAUUUUCAGCUGUUUGAAGCUGGUGUACAAAACCGAAAGUAAAAGACGCAAAAACUAAACUUAAGAACGGGAAGCAUAGAAAUAGAGCACAUAGAACAGAUCUACCGCAUCUUAGACUUGUUUUCAUUUCUAUGUUAAUUUGGUCGGGUCGCUAGAAAAGUUACAUAUUGCAGCUUUAAAGUGUAUUUGAAAUGAAACAAGAUCCCAGAAAUCAUCACCACGAAAAGCGAUUACAGCUUUGAGUAUUUCUGGGUAAGUCUCCAAGAGCUUUGCACACCUGUAUUGUACACUAUUUGCCCAUAAUUAUUUUCAAAAUUCUUCCAGCUCUGUGAAAUUGGUUGUUGAUUAUUGCUAAACAACCAUUUUCUGGUCAAGCCAUAGAUUUUCAAGCAGAUUUAAGUCAAAACUGUAACUCGGCCAAUCAGGAACAUUCACUGUAUUCUUGGUAAGCAACUCCAGUGUAGAUUUGGCCUUGUCUUUUAGGUUAUUGUCCUGCUGAAAGGUAAAUUCAUCUCCCAGUGUCUGGUGGAAAGCAGUUUUUCAGGAUAAAAAAGAAACAGAAUGGAGCUAAGCACAGGCAAAAUCCCAGUGGAAAACCUGGUUCAGUCUGCUUUCCACCAGACACUGGGAGAUGAAUUUACCUUUCAGCAGGACAAUAACCUAAAAGAUAAGGCCAAAUCUACACUGGAGUUGCUUACCAAGAAGACAGUGAAUGUUCCUGAGUGGACGAGACCUGAAAAUGGUUGUCUAGCAAUGAUCAACAACCAAUUUGACAGACUUACCCAGAAAUACUCUGUAAUCACUGCCAAAGGUGAUUCUAAUAUGUAUUGACUCAGGGGGUUGAAUACUUGUCUAAUCAAGAUAUAAUAUAUUAGUGUUUAGUUUUUUUAUGAAUUCUUUACAAAUGUUCGAAUUUUUCUUCCACUUUGACAUUAGAGUGUUUUGUGUUGACAAAAAAUGACAAUUAAAUACAUUCGAAUCCCACUUUGUAACACAUCAAAAUGUGGAAAAAGUCAAGGGGUGUGAAUACUUUCGGAAGGCACUGUAGGUCCCUGUGGCGCAGAAGCAGGGCUGCCAUUCAAACUCAACAAAGCAUACAGCCAGGAGCUCGAGCCACUAUAGACCUCUCUUUGAAGCAAUUAAGGCUUGACAAUGUUGCCCUGAAUAUUUCAUAAGCAAGCUGGGAUUGACUGAUAUUUAAGGGGUAGCUUCCCCUUGUAAUUAAAAAAUUCAUCCAUUUGCAAGAACUCAAUCAAGGGCGUAAAUUGACAGCCUGUAAAUGUGUAAUGCGGUGUGGAGAUUCUAAAUGACUGUCUCAUCUAUGUUUUUCUUCUCCACCAGGUGAAGGAGGACUGGAAGUAUGUGGCCAUGGUCAUUGACAGGAUAUUUCUCUGGAUGUUUGUACUGGUGUGUAUACUGGGAACAUUGGGACUAUUUCUUCCUCCUUGGCUGGCUGGAAUGAUCUAG